AUGCGAUGCGCCAGUGGCGGCGGCGGCGGCGGCGCCCCUUCCAUCAGGAAUGACAAUAAAAAUCUCUCUGCCCAGUUGGUAGAUCUCCAGCGAAGUUUAGCAUUCCUCGCCAAUGUCACCAAAUUGAACCUUGAGCAGAUCUGUCUCGCCGCCGAAGAGGCACUAAAGGAACAGCACACAGAACAGGGUUUGCCGGUGUGGUCCACCGGAAAGAACAGUGCCCUGCAUGAGUUGAUUGGUCUCGUGAAGCGUGCGCAGUGCGAUGUGCAGACGGCCAAUACUUCACCAUCACUGCCAUCCCAUGCGGCUCUGCCCGAGCGGGAGGCACCACCAAUCUCUCACUCCUUCGCCAGCAACAACGGCGACGGCGGCCCCAGCAGCAGCAGUCAUGGGGAUGAAUUAGCCAAGACACAUCAGUUGGCACGUCUCCUUCAGGAGAGGAACACCAUGCGAGAACAACUCAUGGAUGCUGAAGGGAAGAACGCGGCACUGCAGCGGCAGCUUGCCUCUUUGACAGAGAAACGCGAUCAAAUUCUACAGACCGUAUCCCAAACCCCCCAAAAUGAGAUGCCACGGAAGGGGGCUGCAGCGAGGUACGACUCACGGCAUGACACUCCUUCACAGGCCAUGAUGAAAGAAGUGCGGCAAAUGUAUGACCGACGUGUGAAAGAGCUGGAGGAAGAGCUCAUGUCCACAAGGGAAGAACUCCUUCGGAUGAAGGCGGUCCAUAAUGGCGGCUUGAAGAGUAGCGUCCUUGGGUACGUGAAGCGGCCUGAGGAUAAUGGCAAGAUAGACUCUGGCAACACCACCAUUUCAACGACACAGCGUGAGGAAUCUAUGGAGACCUUGCGUCGGCAAAACAUAUUUCUGCGGAACAAGGUAGCACAGCUAAAAGAGGAAUUACAGGCAAGCCAACAGGCCGCCAUCGGUUCUACGGAGCAGCUGAACAGUGGGCUGGACGGUCUGCUCAAUAAAAUCACAGAACUACAGAAGGAGCUGCUGCAGAAGGAGCGGCAGAGGGCCGAUGCGUUCGUAGCGCUGGAGGAAGGACAACGAAAUGCGCGGCGACUUGCGGAACGGGUGGAGGAGUUGCAGCGGCAAGUGACGCGUAUGCGGGAUGCAGCGUCACCGCCUAGUGCACGCAGAGCUGAACUGCAACGCGGCCGCUGCGCAGAGGGAGCUCUAGAGAAUCCCCAACGCGCCAUUGAGGCACUGGAAGAGGAGCUGAAGAUGACGCAGCAGAGUGCCCAGGAACAUGCCUCUCGGGUGAGGCAGCUCACGCGUGCCCUCGACGAGGCGCGCCACUUGUUGCACAAGAAGGAUGUGGAGCGGGAGGCUCUGCAGCUGGAACUCACGGAGAUGCGGGCGAUGUGGGAGGCUGCGCAGGCACACCUCACAUACACGCGUGCACAGGAAGGCUUGAUAGCAAAGAUGGAAGUGCAGGUACGAGAGGCGGUUGGGGCGUUGCUGCAGACAAACAUCGGCGAAGAAGUAAACAGUCAACAAGUAUGCGGAAGUGAGAGAAGUGGUGGCAGCAACGACAACGCACUCCAGCGGAGACUCGAAACCCUUUCAGAGCGUAUGCGCAUGUUAGAAGGUUUGGACCUUCAGCUGCGCCAAAAAGGGGAUGAAAUCGUCAUUCUACAAGAUGAGAAGGCGGCACUCAUGGAGCAGAAACGGCAGCUGCAAAGAACCCUAUCCAGCCUCUCUCUCCUGUUUCGAUCACUGCCGCAGAGCCCCGCGGAGGUGGAGGAGUUGAUCGUGGAACGGGAUAUCUACCUUUCCGUUCUGCGGCGCUGCGAGAGACUCGCCGAGGUGCCCAACGUAAAGGAAACAUCCAGAAACGUCGAACUACGGAAAUUGGAGUUGUCAGCCCGGCGGGAGCGACAGCAAAACCAGCCCCAACAGCCCCAACAGCAAAAACCACAACAGCAACAACAACAACAACAGCAGCAGGCAUUCACACCCGAGGUGCGGCGUGAGAAGUGCGGUGGCAAAACAAUAGACCCCGCACCAAGUGAGGGGUACAAGUAUUUGGCCACCACACUGGGGCGCGGAGGAGCGACAUUGGCGGGCUUCCGCUUCCCUGACAGGUCCCCGUCCCUUGUAGUGAUGGAGGAAGAAAGCGAAGAUUCACGCCGGGGAUCUUCGCCGCGUCUGCACCACUGUGAACGGGUGAGGGGCGCCACAGGGGGCCGAGGUGUACCAUCUCCGGAGGUGAAGCCAGCCUCCUUCUGUGCGACAUCUCCUCACUCGCGCUCAAAAUGA